ACGACGUUUUUUUCGAAAAGAACUUCAAAGCUGGAGCAAAAAUGUUCUAUUUCUCGUAGAUCUAAACAUUAUAAGUUAGACCAGCAUUUCCCAACCGAUGGUUUGCAAACCCCUAGGGGUUCGAGAGAUAAUUCUGAGGUGUUCACGAGACAAAUUUGGAUUGGAAAGGAUUGCUGAAGAGUUUGUUGGACAUGAUAAGUGGAGGAAUAUUGUAACUCCAUUUUUGGAGUAUGACAGUUGUAAACCAACAGACUGGUCACCAGAAGAAAAGUGUUGUUUUUGUAGUGCAAAAAAGCAGCCACCUUAUGACCCUGCUAGUGGUAUUUACCAUUCUGAAGAUGGAAGAUGGAGCAUGAAAAGUUUCCUUCCAGAUGGCAUGAAAGGAAAUUCAGUGUGUAAAACUGAUUGUUUCAACAAACAUUUUUGGUCUGAUGGUUCUGUUGGAGGGUCUCGAUCCCCAUCACCUCAUGAGGAAAAGCCACUUGAUCUGAGUUUGCACUCUAGCAGAAUUUGCAAAAAUACCAUCAAAGAGGAUGAAGAAGACAGUAGUUCAGCUAGUUCUGUUCUCAGAGUUCCUCUUCCAUCAUCAAAGCUAGGACAAAAACGUCGAACGGACUUGGGUUACAAACGAGCUUAUACCGAUGAGGAACUACAAGCAGCGCUUCGAGAUAUUCAGACUGGAAAACUGGGUACUCGUCGUGCAGCUGUUAUUUAUGGUAUUCCACGGUCUACUUUAAGAAACAAAGUUUAUAAAUUGGCAAUGGAGAGAAAGAAAAAACAAAGAGGGACCAUAGAUGAACCUAAAACUCCUUCAGUAAUCAAUAGCCAGUCAAAAGAAGAGAAGCUAGGAGAUAAUGUUUCCACUGUAGGAAGUGAGUCAUUGAGACAGUUGUUGAAGAUGACAAUUAAUCACAAGGUACAGAAAACCCAAGCUUUGCCAUCCAAAGAGUGGAGUACGAAAAAUGAAUCUUUUAAGAUGUGGCCCUUUAUUAGUCCCGAUUUCUACAGUAGUGACCCUACGAGCAUCGUUCGGUUAAUAAAUGGGCUUGAGCAUAGCCAUGCUGUUGCUCCUCUAAUAGCUAAGAUGUUAACAGGGAUAGAAACAUUAGCUUUGAAAAGGCCGCCUUCUGAAGACAGCGUACCAGAUCAGUCACUGAUAGGUAUUGGUCAGCUGCCAUUGUUGCCAGAACUCAUUCAUCAUCUGGCAGAGGAACGAAUGCUUCUAGAGUGCGAUCGCAGCAAUCGACUGUGUAAAGAAGAGACGGACACAUCUGAGAAGGACAUGUCCGAUUGCUUGUCAAAUGUGAUACUAAAAGUUCCGUCCUUUCGACCUGGCACUCAGUUAAAUGACAGCAACAGUGACACAGCUAAUGCUUUGUCACUUAGUCAAACAGGUCACUACCCAGGAAAUAAGGGUAUAUCUGUGUCUUUAAAGGAGCUGAUUGCCAAAAGUAUUAGCCAGAGAGUUGGAAAAACUAGUUUCUGCCCAAAGAAAAAAAAUAAUUAUACACAUAGCCAACCAGCAGUAAAUGAAGGUAAAACAUACAAUAACCUGAAAACCAGAUUGUCAUCAAGUCCUGCCACUCAUUCUUCCUGUCCAAGUUCUCGUCAGACCAGUGAAACUUCCAAAAGGGAAAGGAAACAAAUUCGUCCAAAACGUGGACGUUACAGAAAUUAUGAUCGAAACAGCCUUGCAAUGGCUGUACGAGCAGUACAGCGAGGUGAGAUGAGUGUUCAUCGUGCUGGUAAUUACUACGGUGUACCCCAUUCUACUCUUGAAUACAAAGUAAAGGAGCGGCAUUUGUUACGAAACAAGAAGAAUUUGAAAUACCAUCAAAAGUCUUCUGAGAGCUCAGCAUCUGAUAAGAGUAACGAAAGUAAUCAUAGCUUAAAAAAACUUCUACAAGGAACAAACAUAAGUGAAGGUGAGUCAACCCUAUGUUCGGACAAGCCAGAGAGCUCAACUUCACACCCAACUUCUUUGCCGUCCCACACGUCACUUUGGAAAACCAUGCCUUUUUUAUCUGAGGAUUUGGCAGGACUGAGUUCUAGUUCAAGCAACUUUUUUGCCUCUCAGAUGAUUCGUAAACUGCAGGCUAAUGCUCAGCGGCAAGAAGGUUGUAGUGGAAAUCAACGUCAAGAAGUGGGCAUUUUGGAGAACCUGAUUAAAAAGACUCUUGAAAAGUCUGUUUCUAUGGAAGAGAAAGGCUCCUCAUCCUUAAUUAUCUCCUGUAGCAAUGGAGAAAGUGAUGUUAAUUUAAAUCACAAAUAAUAGACAUUUUUGUUGUUGUGUCAUCUCAGUCAAACUGUCCCUCUGGAAGAAGUGCUGAAGCACUCUAAUUAGUAGCAAAACCCUUCAUCAGAGUUUAUCUUCUGUUGUUCAGAUGUGCACGUGGUGCCUUUAGUUGUUGUGUUGUUAUUUACCACUUUGAGAUCAACCUAGUCCCAGCUGUGAUGGAAGUCAAAAAUUAUUUACUAUAAUGUAAUGUAUAAUCGAGUGGGUUUUUUUCUUAUUCGUGUUUCUUUUUCAGGUAGUUUUUUUUAAUUUUCAUUUAUAUAUUUUUUUGAAUGAUGGAUGUUUUUUUAUUAAGAAAGUAAGGCUGUGAUAUGGUUUUCAGUUUUCAGAAUACUUCCACACUCUACAGAAAAAUCAUUCCAUAAAUUUUAAUUCCUAUGUUGGCAUUCCAAAAUUUGAUUGGCAUUCCAAUCGUCAAAACAUAAACUGAAAUAAUUAGUGCAUUUUUGAGAUAAUUUUUAGAAUAGCUGUGGUUUUUCUACAAUGCAGUUAAAAUAUUGGCAAAUUUUAUAUAGAUUAAUGUUUAGGUUUUCCUUGACAAGUUCCAUCACCAUUAAACAUUUCCUGUUUUUUUCAUUAAACUUAAAAAAGAUAAAACAUUUACAGUUGUGGUAUUAUCUGUUUGAUUUAUAAAACUGUUAUAUUAGCAUAUAUAACUUUUACAGUCUUGUUUGUUAUAGUUUUAAGUAUUUUUUUCUCUUUACAAAAAUCAGUUAUUGUGUGAAUUCAUUGUACUGUAUCAAAAACAACCAGCACUUCAGAGUUUUUUUAAUAAGAUAUAGCCAAUGAUGUCUAAAUGUUUUAGAACCCAAAAGUCUGUAUUCUGUUAUCUUGAACACUACAACCUUGUCACAAGUCUGUCUGUUUUGAAAUACUGAAAGAUUUUUUGCACAUUCUAGGAAGAUUGUGUAACAUAGAAAGGUCGAUAGUAGUCAUUUUGAUGGAAAAUUGGGGACCAUUUGUCAAAUUUGUAUUGACGUGGAUGUAUUUAAUAUUUAGUCUAGAUGAAUAUUCAAUUUUAGUAUGAAAACAAAAUUCAGCACAAUUUUUAAUGUUUGUUGCUAGUCCCCAUAUUAAUUCAGAUUUCCUCCCACAACUACUGGUUUCUGUGGUGUGAGUAUAUCCUUGUUAAUUCAGGUUUCCUACCAUAACUACUGGUUUCUGUGGUGUGAGUAUAUCCUUGUUAAUUCAGGUUUCCUACCAUAACUACUGGUUUCUGUGGUGUGAGUACAUCCUUGUUAAUUCAGGUUUCCUACCAUAACUACUGGUUUCUGUGGUGUGAGUACAUCCUUGUUAAUUCAGGUUUCCUACCAUAACUACUGGUUUCUGUGGUGUUGAGUAUAUUGCCUGUUACAUUACUAAUGAUAGAAAUUACUUCAUUGUCUUCAACUUUUUAUCGUGUGCAUAUUACAGGAAAGACUUAGCUGUUGAGGAGAACUAUAAAUCCUCAACCUCCGAAACUUAGCCUCUUUCUCAUGACUAUCUGUAAAUAUCUAUAAACAAUUUGAACACCUGGAAUGUUUGUACUAAUGAUAUUUGAAAUAAAAAUAAAUGAAUCUAUUUUUAGUGAUGUUUCCAAACCAUGAAUCAUGAUAGAAUAAAUUAAAAACUUCUACAACAAAGUUGGGUUAUAUAGUUUACCAUGAAUCAUGAUGAUAGAAUAAAUUAAAACUUCUACAACAAAGUUGGGUUAUAUAGUUUAUGUUACUUUUGUGAUGGCUACACGUAGUCUUUAUUUUUAAGAUUAGAUUAUUAUGUGUGUGCGUUUUGUUUUUUAUUAUUAUUUAGAACCAGUUAAGAUGCUUUAAGAGUUAAAUUCCAUAAAAAUAUUUAGCUAUAUGGGGAAAAUAUUCAAGUUUCCUUGUUGCCAUUUCUGAUUGGCAUAAAUGCAGUGAAAUAAAGAAUUUUGU